AGGAAAGUUAUCUGUUCUAAUUUUAUCGUCUGUCCUCAGGUAUUGUUCCACUACAAAACGUUAAAUGAACCAGCUACCAUCCAGAGGCUUUGUAGCGUUUUACACAAGAGUACAGGAGAAAUCCUACAAAAGAAACCCAGUUAAGAAAGCCCAUGUAAGUCACCACAAGGAAAGGUAAUCCCCAUGGCGAGAAAAUCAAUGUUCCAUUUAGUGCAUAGUGCUUAUUGACAUUUUCACGUCGAUUCCCAUGUUGAAGGAAUGAAGCUUUGAUACUAUUUGCAGUCAUUUGCGUGACAGGGGGUUUGUUGUUUACCCUCGUAUACCCCCCUUACACCCAGAUAUUACUCCCCCCUCAAAUUUAAAAUAUCAUACUCUUGGUAUUAAUGGCAUUUGGCUUGAUGAAACGUUUUAGAAAGCAAAUGUAGGUUGUUUAUGUUUUUAUGGCCAGCAUGAAAAUCAGUUUUUUCAAACAUUCACACAAAAAGAACCCCAGAUUCAUUUGUCUUUAUAACCCAAGUUCAGUCCAGUAUGGAUGCUGGAUGAAUCCUGUUAUUGACAUGUUACUAAGUACUGUGAUAAAGGAUGUUUUUAUCGGUACAGGUAUGAAGUUACCGUGGGGUUGUGUAAUUUGUUAUAUUAUUAUUUUUGCGAGUAUUGUAAACUAAUCACAUACCGAGUUUAACCAAAACCAAGGCAAUCCCGAGUUGCUUUCUACACUCAAUUUCAACUUGUUCUACUGUUUUCUCAUCAUGUCUCCUUACUUCUUCAGAUGUUUAACAAACAACUCAAUGCGGAGGUUGUAAUUCACACCCACAAACCCGUUUGUGUGGAAUUAUACAAAGACUACAAAGAUCUUGGAAGAUUUAUGCUGCGCUACAGCGGUGAAACCACAGCCGCGGGCGUUGUGACCGAGGUAGGCCUAAAGCCAUGAAAUCUUUUUUACUUUAAUACAUUCAACCCUUUGUGGUGUUAAUCGUUUAGGCUACUUACUUUUGUCCUUAAAUAAAGAUGGGUGAUCUUUCAAACGAACAGAAAUGAACGCUGUGUUGAAAAAGUUUUUUUUUUUUUACAAGAAUAGCUUUCACUAGUUACGGAUGACGUUUAGUAAAUGACGUUUUUGAAGAAUUGGCAUGUAUAACGUGAGAAGUUCAACCCUUGUUCCAUCCCUAAAAUGUGUUAACAGUGUCACAGUCAAGCCUCUUCUCCCCUUAACUCUUUUACUUCCAGAGGUGAUUAACAUAUAACUUCUCCCUCUGACAUGCAUUUAUUAUUCAGCAAACAGGUAAUGAGAAUGCACAAACUUAUCAGGUACAAGUUGUUAUCUUGAUCUAACACCAAAUUCUGUUUACUAACCUACAAGAAAAAUGUAUAGCAGCUAGAAGGGAGAAUUGACAAUCAGAUCUUGGGAGUUAAAGGGUUAACGAGCCCAAAAGUUGCAUGUAAUGAUUCUUAUAAAUUAAAACCAGACUGUAUCGUUCAAACUACACAGUAUGGCGUCCAUUGUGUGUUUCUUGCUUGUGUUUUCGCAGAUUUUAUAAAACAGAGCUUUGCGAGCAAGUAUCAUCCUCUGAUAACCCUGCGAAAAAACUGGAAAAAGUCAAUGCUCCAGGAUAUGGACUGGAUUUCAGAACGCUCUGAAUUAUUUUACUGCUGUCCCAGAAAUGAAAUCUAAAUGAAUCGAAAAAGAUUUUUAAAAAAGUGUUUGAGAUCAAGGUUCAUCGCUGUGCGGUGAUAUGUUCAUAAAAG